AUGCACCAAACGAAGAGUGUCAAGAAGCACAACUUCAAGAGUCCUAAUGCGGAAGCGUUGAGAAAGCUAGCAUUUAUGGUAUCUAAUCCUGACAAUUUCAAGAAUCACUGUGGGAGGUUAUUAUCUAUUCUGAAGACCAAGGUUAAAAAGGGAAUUCUUGAGACUCUUGUCCAGUUUUAUGAUCCGGUUUAUCAUUGUUUCACCUUCCCUGAUUAUCAGCUUAUUCCUACUUUGAAGGAAUACUUUCAUUGGUUUGGUUUGCUUGUUUCGAACAAAAUACCUUUCAGUGGUUUAGAGAGAUUUCUUGAGCCUGAUAUUAUAGAAGAACUUCUCCAUUUGAAUAUAUCAUAUGUGAAGGCCAAUCUUACAAAUAAGGGAGGUUUUUUGGGAUUGACGUCUAAGUUCUUAAUAAGGAAAGCUUCUACUCUGGCUAGCAAAGGAAGUAUGGUUGGUUUUGAGACUAUUCUACUCAUUUAUGGUCUAGUGCUUUUUCCUAACAUUAACAACUUUGUUGAUGUUAAUGCUAUCCAGAUGUUCAUGAUUGGGAACCCUGUGCCUACCUUGCUUGGAGACACAUACCAUUCUAUUCACUAUAGGACUUUGAGACUCAUUCCUCUUACUCAAAUUAACAUGACUUGGUACAAUCCUGCUUAUGAUACUAGUGUGAUCAUUGAUGGUUGUUGGUAA